GCACGCUUUUGUUCAAACGCAGAAGUCAGUCAGACAGUCGGUCCUUUACAGAGGUGCGAGUUCUACAUUACUCACCAAAUGUGCUUUUAAAACGCUGACAAAAACAGUGUCGCUCUUGUCAAGCGCAUUCAACUUGAUUUUUAACCUACAGUGCCAGUUUUGGGAACUAAAUUUGAUUUUGUUGUAGGCUACUUUGAUCGUUUCAAGUUGUUCAAACGGGGACAGCAAGGUGUCCUGGGCGAGGGAGUAGAAGGAAGGAUUUUCCUUUAACCCAGUUCUCUGUUGGUUUUGCUGGAGUAUGACUGCUGUCAUGUACAGUUAGCCUAUAGACAUUUUCUUUGACAGAAAGGAGAGAGUAAGCUUAUGCUACCCUUCAUCCUCCUCGCUGGAUAUCUAUGGAGAGGGUGUCCUGUAUGCUCUCACGCAGCUCUUGGAGUUACUUGCGGCCGAGACAGUACCGUGAAUGUUGAAUUCACCGACCUGGAUAGCAGAAGACGACACAAUAACCUCAUUUGAAUGCCUUUGCAAGGAGUUUGCUGGUUUCUGUGCUGCAGGCAGGGCUUUAGUUUGCUCGGACGGGACUAUGGGGAGAAAGAGGAGGAAGCGUCUUUUGAAUUGCGCAACAAGGAGGACUUGACUCCCAAUGGACGGAGUCCAGCUGAAGUGACUGUCUCUCAACCAACUCGCACAGCCAAUGGAACAAAUGGGCACACUGUCUCAGAGGUAAAUGAAGAGAUGAAGAGCCUGGUCAUCGAGAAGAGUAAGAUGGGCCUGGAGGAAGAGCCUGAAGUGCUGGUCAAGGGGUGGCUGUUGCGGGAGGUGCGAGGAAACUGGAUCAAGCAGCGUCGGUACUGGUUCAUGCUGAGCCAGGAUUCCCUCGACUACUACACCGGACCAGAGAAAGGAGCCCGCAGACUGGGCACGCUAGUCCUCACCAACCUUUGCUCUGUCAUCUGGCCAGACAAGCAGACAUACAAGGAAACGGGCCACUGGAGCAUCACAGUAUAUGGACGGAAGCACUGCUACAGGCUGUACACCAAGCACUUCAACGAGGCUGUGCACUGGGCAUGUGCCAUCCAGAAAAUCAUUGAUACCAAAGCACCAGUGGAAACACCAACACAGCUCCUUAUUCGAGACAUCGAGGAGAAUAAGUUCAACCCUGAGGCAGUGGAGCACAUGUACCAGCACAAUCCCAUCCUGAAGUACACCCAGGGCCCCCUGUAUGCUCCUCUGCUGCCCUUCCCAUACGGCAGCCUGGAGCACACAUACCACAGUGGAAAAGGCUACGGCUCGGUGCGUGAGGAGGCCGUGAAGCUCUUCAAUUGCCUGCAGCAGCUAGAGUCGGCAUGGGAGCCGGUUCCCAUCAUCCAGGGCGUGCUGCAGACCUGCCUGGACCUGCGGCCCCUCCGUGACGAGGUCUACUGCCAGCUAGUGAAGCAGACCAGCUACACGCCUGCCCCGUACACUGCCGCACACCUCCGCUACUGGCAGCUUCUCACUUGCAUGAGCUGCACCUUCCUGCCUGGGCCCACCGUGCUCAAGUACCUGCGAUUCCACCUUAAGAGGAUCCAGAGCCAGAGUCCUGAGUCUGAGAUGGAUAACUAUGCGUCAUUCAUCAGCGAGGCUCUGGAGAAGACCAAGUGUCGGGAGUGUGUGCCAUCCUGGGAGGAGAUCCAGAUGCUGAUGAGCCGACAGGAGAUGCUGUGCACUGUGCACUAUCCUGGCCCUCUAUCCUGCCAGCUCUACAUCAGCUCACACACAACCGCCAAUGAGGUGGUUCGAAGGAUGCAGGAGAAGCUCGGCCUGCAAGAGAGCAAAAACACGUUUGCACUGUACGAGCAGAAUGCACUGUGGGAGCAGCCGGUCACAGGCAGCUCUCUGAUUGCUGACAUCCUGACCAGGUUUGAAAACCUCGCCACCAAAGAGUCAGAGUCUGAAUCCCAAUGGAAACUGUGUUUCAAGCUCUACUGCCUGUUGGAUGCUGACAGCAUAUCAGUAGACAGCAUUGAGUAUCUCUUCCUCUUUGAGCAGUGCCAUGAGAUGGUGGUGCGUGGCCAGCUGCCAGCCUGUGAAGAGGACCUGCAUGCCUUAGCUUCCCUGAGGCUUCAGUGUCUGAUGGGUGACUUCAGUACACAUGCCCCCUGCCCACCUCUGGACGAGCUUUUCCCAGGUCAUGUUCUAGAAGCCCGAGUCCUCAUGUCCCUCUCUGCACCCCAAACCCUGCCUCCUUGUCAGGUGGCUGCCCAAGGCUGCCCCACGACACAGCGCUUCCACACGGGCCUCCUGGCUGGGGCGCUGUGGAGCCACACAGCUAUAGCAGCGCACAAGCAAAAGGUGGAGCAGGACAUGCGUCUGCGGAGUCGGCUGAAGGAGGAGGGAGCGACUGUCAUGGUAUCCAUCUUGGAACGUUGGAAAGGUCUAGCCGGCUACAGCCGCAGGGACAGUAUGGCUGCCUACCUCACAAUUGCACGCCAGUGGUCAGGCUUUGGAUGCACUCUUUAUGAAGUGGACUUUUAUAUUAGUUCGACAGGGAGUUUUUCCCAGAAGUUGUGGCUGGGUGUAGCUGCUACAUCCGUGUCUCUGUAUCGGCAGGGAGAGGCAGAGGCCCUGGAGUCCUUCCCUUAUGGCCAGAUCUGUUCUUAUGGCGUAUCCGAUAGCAACACCUUCAAGAUCACAGCUGGGGAUCGGGAUCUGCUGUUUGAAACCACCAAGCUGACUGAGAUCAUGCAGCUGAUGAAUGCGUAUUUCAGUGCCAUCCAUCGCCAGCGAGGGAAAGGGGAAGAUGCGGACAUCACCAUCACAGAAAGCACAGAGGUGGGAUUCCAUCACCUGGCCUUGACACACACACCCACCCUCCUGGAGCUGCCCUCGCACCCAGUUUGAGAGGGAUCCAUACCUGGACACCCCCCACCCCCCACCAUCCUAAUCCACAUGGCCCCUAUGAGGCCCAGCCCCAGUCCUCAGGACACCACGCCUCCUCCACUGGGAAUGGCACGGCAGCCAAAACAAAGAGAGGGCUGUUUUCGCUCCCCAUCAGUGAAAAUAAACCCUUGCUGAGCUUUCCAGCUAAGGGAGCUGGCCGAUGGAGGAGGGAGGGUGCGGGAGGGGACGGGAAGGCAAGGGGGUUCUGUUUUGCAAGUGAGGCCAGAAACCCACAGAAACCAAUGCGGUUGCUGAUGAGCUGUCACACACCCUCCACCCCAUCCUGUCACGCAACCAACUCUGUUACCCUACAUGGCAACACCCCCCCCCAUGCCCCCACCCACCCCCUAGACAAUGUGAGACGUUGGCAUGAGCCUUGCUACAUCAGGGAGAGAUAGCAUCACAAGAGUUAGGACUUAUGGCAGCAAUAAGCUGUGGUACUCCCCUCAUGAAGGUAUGGCUUAGAG